CCACCACGACCUCGUCAUCUGCAAAGAUGAAGAGAGACAAAAAGCUGAUAACCGUCGAAUCGUAUACAGACGACCAAAGGCGUUAUCCGCAGUGACGGCCACACACAUCACUACCACCCUCCUUCCGCGCCACGUGUCGUAGGAAACUUCCAUUAUAUGUAACCCGAUAGCAUCCCGCUGUCUACAGGCUACAGAUAGUCCAAGUGCUCUCUCCCUUAUCGCUUUCGCACAACUGCUGUCCCACUUCUCCUCGAACUCCGCAACCUUUCACCUCUGCUAUUUAACCCUUUUGCUCAAAAGCUUCCAUUUUCAUUUAUUUAGUUACUUAGAGAGAGAGAGAGAGAGAGAGAGAGAGAGAGAGAGGGAGAGAGAGAGAUGGAUCACGCAGCAGAUGCACACAGGACUGAUUUGAUGACCAUAACAAGGUUUGUAUUGAAUGAGCAAUCAAAGCAUCCUGAUUCUCGUGGAGAUUUCACCAUCUUGCUUAGUCAUAUUGUUCUUGGCUGCAAGUUCGUUUGCUCUGCUGUUAACAAGGCUGGUCUUGCUAAGCUUAUUGGACUUGCUGGGGAGACGAAUGUUCAGGGUGAAGAGCAAAAGAAGUUGGAUGUGCUUUCAAAUGAAGUUUUCAUCAAGGCUUUAGUAAGCAGUGGCCGAACAUGCAUUCUUGUCUCAGAAGAAGAUGACAAGGCAACAUUUGUGGAGCCUGCCAUGCGCGGAAAGUACUGUGUUGUUUUCGAUCCAUUGGAUGGGUCCUCUAACAUUGAUUGCGGUGUUUCUAUUGGAACGAUCUUUGGGAUUUACAUGGUGAAACAUGGCAAUGAACCAACACUAGAUGAUGUCUUGCAACCUGGGAAGAAUAUGGUUGCAGCUGGUUAUUGCAUGUAUGGAAGCUCUUGCAUGUUUGUGUUGAGCACUGGAAAUGGUGUUAAUGGUUUCACCCUCGAUCCAUCCCUUGGGGAGUUCAUUCUUACUCAUCCUGAUAUUAAGAUUCCAAAGAAAGGAAAGAUUUAUUCUGUAAAUGAAGGAAAUGCUAAGAACUGGGAUGAUCCAACAGCCAAAUAUGUGGAGAAUUGCAAGUUCCCCAAGGAUGGCUCUUCACCAAAGUCUCUAAGAUACGUUGGAAGCAUGGUAGCCGAUGUCCACCGCACAUUCCUUUAUGGGGGGAUAUUUUUGUACCCUGCUGAUAAGAAGAGUCCCAACGGAAAAUUGCGUGUUCUAUAUGAAGUCUUUCCAAUGUCAUUCUUGGUGGAACAAGCCGGAGGUCAGGCUUUCACUGGGCAGCAAAGGGCACUUGAUCUAAUUCCAACAAAGAUACACGAGCGAUCUCCAAUAUUUCUUGGAAGCUAUGAUGAUGUUGAGGAAAUCAAAGCACUAUAUGCUGCAGAAGCAAAAAGGGCGUAAAAGAAUCAUUCCUCGGUCACAUAUUUACAUAGCCUUUAAUUAUUGUAUGAUGGCUACUUGACCACAUUCCUGAGCAUAUAUUCAUAGAAUAAAACUCUCUUUCACAA